AUGUUUCGCGCCGCCAUCCGGUCGUCUCCCCGGGCCCUGCGGCCGCUCCGGCAGCCGGCCCUCACCUCCAGCCCUCGCCGCUUGCUGACCACAGCCCCGGCCGACAAGAGGCACACCUGGAAGAACUCAGCAGUCAGAUGGGGUCUUGCCGUUGCUGCCGUCUACUGGUAUAACACCAGCCCCAUAUUCGCUGACGAGGUGACCCCUCGCACAGGCCCUGCGCCGCCCCAGUUCUCCGACUCCGAUCUCCCUACCGUCGAUGUCGUCAUCGAAGAGAAGCGAAAGCAGGCCGAUGCCAAUGCGCGCCAGUCCCUCAAGCAGUCUGGCACCUCGUCACCACCAGAUGAUGUAGCUAGCGCUGUAGUUGCGGCGCCCACGACUUCUCCCGCGCCCGGCCCUGGCGCCGAGUCAGCGGGCGCGCUGGAGGAGGAAGCAGGUCAGCAGGGCGCCUUCAACCCGGAGACGGGCGAGAUCAACUGGGACUGCCCCUGUCUCGGAGGAAUGGCCCACGGGCCUUGCGGAGAGGAGUUCAAGACCGCCUUCAGCUGCUUUGUCUACUCCAACGAGGAGCCCAAGGGCAUGGAUUGCAUUGACAAGUUCCAGGGUAUGCAAGACUGCUUCCGAAAGUAUCCCGAGAUAUAUGGCUCUGAGCUAGCCGACGAGGACGAGGAGGCAGAUGCGCCAGCCCCGACUAUCGAGGGCGUAUCGGCCGCAGGAAGCACUAAUCUCCCGGCGGUGGCCGAUCGAGACCAGACCCCGGAGACUGCCCAAUCCAAGGUCGACGCGCCGCAGCCCAGCUCCGAGCAACCCGCAGCAGCAGCUGAGCAGAAGAGGAUCGCAGCUUCAGAGCACAAUGUCCCGAAGAAGGCGUUCGACGCCACGGCUGCGAACGACAAGAAGAAGGACGAGUCGGAGUAA